AGGCGAUCUGGACUACGCCUGGCUCGUAUCAUCGCUAGGCAACAGCUGCUGAGGAAGAUAUCCCAAGAAAUCGAGGCAAAGGAGGCAUGUGACUGGCUGAGGGCGGCUGGAUUUCCACAGUAUGCCCAACUUUAUGAGGCUGUGAGGUUAAGUGACGGUAAAAAAUCAGGAAUGCGGUAGGACGGGAGAAAGAGAGAGACAGACCAAGAUAGAAGAUGAGUGUUGCUUUGAGUUUGGAAUCACAUAUAUCCUAUCCCAUUUCAGCUGGGUGGACAGAAGCAAAUUUGUGUCCUUUAGGCUUCAGUCAGGGUCCAGAAUUAAAUAUUUAAGCAUCCUUUUUUAGCAUCCUAAAUAAUCUGCUUAUGUAAAUUUUUCCACUGAGGUUAAAAUUGAUGUGCAAGUCUCUUACCAAUCUACAAGUAGACAGCACAAACACUUUCAUCAUCAUUAUUAGACAGUCACUUUGGAAGUGAGCUUGUACAUCUUUGAUUUCAUUUGCGGACAUCGCUUACAUCAGAUAAAACAAAGCCAGGGUCAGACUCUCAUUUUUGCAAUUCAAGCAACACAUUUUGUUGCAGUUGCUAAUAAAUUUACCAACCAAAUGGAAACAAAAUGCAUUUAUUAUCUCACCAAAUCCAAAUUUUACUCACAAUUGCUGCUUGGCGAGUGUUUGGACUCUGGCUACAGUAUUCAUGAGCUGAAAUAUUUUUGAUUCUCCUACAUUCCAGACAUAUUGAACAAAAAUGCAUUAACACAGCUGUGUGCCCAAAUUGUCUGCAUGUUUUUCUUCCCUCUUUCUUUUUUUCUGGUCAUUUUGGGGCCACUGCGAGAUAUUCGCAGGAUAGAGUUUCUAGGAGAAAGAGGUCAUGGGAAAAAGUCUUCGUUAUCACUGCCGGGAAAAUGCAGGCCUUUGCCUCAGUCUUCCACUUAGGCCAGCAGAUGGGUCGAGAGGAUACUGUUCUCGCUCUCGCUCUCUCUCUCUCUCUCUCUCUCUCUCUCUGUGUUCCCCUUGACUCCUCCUCAUCAUACUGUACGUCAAUGAGUGAUAAAAUGUCAACAAUUCUAUAUAUAAUGCCAAGUAAAUUCAGAUUUCCUUGCUUUCCUCUCAUGAGAAGAUCAUAAAAGAGGCUCAAUUUGGCCAUGUGAGGUCAUUAUAACAUCAUUACAGAAAUGAAGAACUCCUAAAUUCCACUAGAGAAAAAGUGACUGUUCAUCACACCUUAGUGUUGCUUUUAUACUCUCCCUCCUCCUUUUGAUAAUUGUCCGCAUUUAAUAGAGCAAAAGCAUGGGAGUGUAUGAUAACCCCUAGUUCAGUUUCAGAUUCAGUCUGCUGUGUAUAAUGUAAUCAGUGUAGGAGCAUCUGCCAGAGUCUGUGGUUGCAUUAUAUUAAUUACACCACAUCUGCUGUGGAUCUGUGAUCCUCCACAGAUGUCUGGCUGGGCUGACCAGAGAGUCAUUUUAUCUAUCUGUUUGUUGAUUUAUUCCUUUCCUCUUUAAUUCAUGAUGCAUAUGAGGGUAACAGAGUAACAUACAGUAUGUAGCAUAAAACCAUUUUUAAACGGGACAGAGAGUUGAUCUGCCUUCUGUCUCUGCCUCCAGAUUCCCAGUUUCCCAUUGAAAUAUCUGCUGUAAAGAGGGACCAUGACUUUCUUGACAAAGACCUUGUGGAGCCUCUUUGCCGUCGACUCAGCACUCUGAACAAGUGUGCCUCCAUGAAACUGGACGUAAGCCUCCCCAAGAAGAAAACUGAGGACCCUGAUGAGGAGGACCUGUUGGCAAUUAGUAAUAGAUGGACAUUUGAGCGGAACAGUCACCGCUGGUCACGUCUCGAAGACUUCGAUUACCUCCUGGGUAGAACGGAGGAGCGGAGCCCCUCAGAGUUGGGGGAGGGUCUACGGACCACCGUGAGCAGCGAGAGCAUUCUGACCGACUUGAGCGAGCCGGAGAUCAGCUCCCUGCACAGUGAAGACUCAUUGGCUGCCAUGCCAGACUCUGCCUCGCUCACCACACUGCACUUACCUAGAGACCUGUCUCAUUACGGUUCACUUCCUGCCAAGAACAGGCGGCGUGGUCGUACACGCGCCAAAGAUUUCCUACGGAGAAUGGAGACAUUGGGUCGCACAUGGGGACCAUCGAUGGGGCGGUCAGAGCGGCGGUCUUUGGUUAUUAGUGGUCCAGUUCUGCAAAGCAAGCCUGAAGCACUGAAAACUCUAAGAUGUGUUCAGAUCUUCAAUGGCGAGCCGUUAAACACUGAAAACAUGGCACCGGCGAACAACUGCCCGAAUUCAUUUGCCAGCAGUGUGGAUAGCAGCCAAUCAGAGACAAGCGGUAGUGCGGGAAGCACACCGAACAUGAAGGAGCGUGUCUCGAAGUUUCAAGCUCCAGGCAAACGUGCAGGUGUCUACCUGGAGGACAUCGAUGUUCUUGCUGGUGCCCCCCAGAGGAGGAGACCAGUAGAACAGAGCCGCAAAAAAGAGUUUCGCUCCUAUGAGGAGCUAUUGGUGCACAUCCCCAAAGAUCAUAAACCUGGUACCUUUCCCAAAGCACUGUCCAUUGAGAGUUUGGCACCAGCCAGUAAGGACCAUGGAAAUUGGAAUGCUUUGGAUUUGCAGCAGCGGCCGUUAAGAAGCAGGAAAGUUGGUGGAAGGGAAAUUCGGCCCGUGAUGCGUUGCUGCCCACGAGCAAGUCGGAUAAGCGUGUACGAUAACGUACCUGGUUCGCAAUUGUACGCGAGCACAGGGGAUUUGUUGGACCUUGAAAAGGAGGAUAUUUUCCCACACUUAGAUGACAUUCUGCAGCACGUAAAUGGACUGCAGCAGAUUGUGGACCACUGGUCCAAAAACGUCUUGCCGGAGAGUGAAGGGGAGAGGAAUGGCAGUGGGGGGCCGGACCAGAGGAUUAUUGAUGGGCAGUCUUCCAGUCAAAUCACACUUGAUUUUGAAGGUACCUCGGUAAUAGAAGGUCUGACCACUCCAAGCGAAGGCAACAGAGAUGGGGUCUCAUUAAAUGACAUGGACACGUCCAGCACUAGAGAGAGGAGGGACUCAGGGGUCGGGGCUUCUCUCACACGACCACGCCUUAAAUGGCCCAGCUUCAGGAUGUCGAACCUCCUCGGCCAAUCUGGAAUUUCGUUACAGAUAUCUAGCCAAUCAGUAGGCCAGCUUAGCUUGCUGCAGAAGUUCUCUCUACUCCGUCUCACUGCUAUCAUGGAGAAAUACUCCAUGUCCAACAAGCACGGAUGGACUUGGUCAGUGCCAAAAUUUAUGAAGAGGAUGAAGGGACCAGACUACAAGGAUAAGACAGUUUUUGGUGUUCCUCUGAUUGUUCAUGUCCAGCGGUAUGGACACCCUCUGCCUCUAAGCCUACAGCUUGCUCUGCGCUUUUUAAGGAGCCAGUGUUUGGACCAGGUCGGGCUUUUCCGUAAAUCUGGGGUGAAGUCUCGUAUUCAGGCUCUGAGACAAAUGUGUGAAACCUCUCCAGAAAAUGUGAACUAUGAGGAUCAGUCUGCGUAUAAUGUGGCAGACAUGGUCAAACAGUUCUUCAGAGAUUUACCUGAGCCUCUCCUUACGAGUAAAAUGGGAGAAACCUUCCUCCAUAUAUACCAGUAUGUCCCUAAAGAGCAGCGUUUGCAGGCCGUGCAGGCAGCUAUCAUGCUGAUGGCUGAUGAAAACCGUGAGGUCUUGCAGACACUGUUGUGCUUCCUUAAUGAUGUCACUUCCUCUGUUGAAGAGAACCAGAUGACCCCCAUGAACCUGGCGGUGUGCCUCGCUCCUUCUCUCUUCCACCUCAACAUCAUGAAGAAUGAUAACCUGUCGCCAAGGUCUAUUCAGAGGAAGUAUGCCACAGGUCGGCCAGACCAAAAGGACCUGAAUGAGAACCUUGCAGCCACUCAAGGGCUUGCCCACAUGAUUGCUGAAUGCAACCACCUAUUUGAGAUUCCUCAGGAGAUAGUCUCUCAGUCCAGGAAUUCAUACAUGGAAGCUGAGCUGCUAGCACCCUCUAUGGAUGAGCUGUGUAAAAAACAACCGCAACAAGACGAAGAAGAAUCAGAAGAGGAGGACAGCUCAUAUUGCUCUUAUCUGGAGAGCCUGAUACAGAAUUUGCUUCAAGAGACCAAGGAUAAGGCCAAGGGUUGGGUGACCAGACCAAAUAUUGACAAUUCUGAGCUAUGGUUCAAAAAGGUGGGAGAUGGGACCCCGUUGAGACGCUGGCGUGUAUCUGCAGAGGUUGAAGCUCCACCAUCUGUGGUAUUGAACCGCAUUCUGCGAGAGCGCCACCUAUGGGACAGUAACCUGCUUCAGUGGAAGGUUUUAGAAACGCUUGACAAACAGACAGAGGUGUACCAGUAUGUACUCAACAGCAUGGCCCCUCAUCCCAGCAGAGACUUUGUGGUUCUCAGGACAUGGAGGACCGAUAUGCCCAAAGGUGUGUGUGUGCUGGUUUCGGUAUCGAUUGACCAUGAGGACAGCCCGCAGUUGUGUGGAGUAAGAGGGGUGGUGCUUGAAUCACAUUAUCUACUAGAACCGUGUGGUUCCGGAAAGUCCAGACUCACCCACAUAUGCAGAGUUGAUUUGAAAGGCAAGUCUCCAGAGUGGUACAACAAAGCUUUCGGCCAUCUAUGUGCUACUGAAGCUGCCAAUAUUCGCAAUUCCUUCCAGGCUUUGGAUCCCGAGGGCCCAGAGACCAAAAUAUAAAUGAUAUAGUUAAUCAACAGGACUGAUGGUGGACCACUGGAAAUAAAGUGGAAAGGAUGGAUUCAAGAGAGCGGAAGAAAGUGAAUGUUUUCUUUCGCCCCUAAACAACAACAAACUGUCAUUUUAGAGUGUUUUAUAAUGCCCUAGGGCAUUUGAUGUACAUUUAUUACCUGUAAAUGUAUGCGGCUGUUCACAACUGCCACUUUUGAAAUGUUGGCAUUUAUUGUCCUUUGUUUUGGGGAAUGUGUAGAGAAGUGAGAAAUGAUGGAUGGAGAAAGUGACAGAGACAGACUCCACAGCAGCCAUGAAGCCAUGCCUGUAAAAAAUCAGUUAAAUCUCCGCUUCCUGUCGUCCAGACUUUACCACAGCUCUGCUUUGAGUCUGACCAGCUAACAACAGCAGACAUCUUUAACUAGCACCUUUAGAGCAUUGCUUACGACAAACACAGAGCAGAUGUGAAUGACAAGCAACCUUACGCUAAUCAAAACACAGCAGGUCUGUUUAGUUUUACUAAGUGCUACAUGUCGCAUUCAUAACAAAGCUAAAUUAUUGCAUUCUUACGAAGUUCGGUACAUUAUUCUCUACUCUCUAAACUUUUUACAUUUAUUUAAAAGUGUAUUUAGGUGUUUAAUCCUGAGUCAUCUGAAUGAAGCUAGAUUUACAGUACCAGUAACUGUAUUUAAUUAUAUUUUUACGGUUCUACCCAUGUGACGUAUUGAUGUGUAGUAAUUACUAAUGAUAAUAUACCUGAAUAACCCACAAUAUUUCAAGGUUCUGUUUUAAGAAAUGUUUUGUUUAUCGUGUUACUUGAUUUCAUUGUCCCAAGCAAUAAUGUCUUUUCAUGAUAAAUGCUUCAGUAUUGGGCUCUUUUGACAAUGCAAACUUAAUAAGUUAAGACUAAGAAAUCAAGCAAAAUUUUAAAUAAUAGCAAAUAACAUAGACGCUGCAAUGUUUGUUGCAAGUACACAAUAUUUAAAGCAUUAUUAUAAUUAUUAUUAUUGCUGUCAUUGUUAUAUGUUGCUGUGUUACUCUCUACAAUGUCUAGGACAUUAAUUCAUUUCACUGCUUCUAAGAAGCAUGUUCACAAAGCUGUACAUUUGUGUUUGUGUGUGUGUGUGUGUGUGUGUGUGUGUGUGUGUACUGUACAUGUGUAGAUACAAUUCAGGGUGUAUAUUUUGUACAUAAAUGAGGCUCAUUGAAAGGUUUAUCUGCUUUUAUGCUGUUUUUCAUUGUAUCGAAAUAUAUUGUUUGAAAUGUCAUGUAAAAAAUUGCAAGCUGGUUUAAUCCCAUGCUUGUUUAGUGCUGUUUUAGUGGGAACAGAGUAAAUGGGUUUGACUUGAGCUCAAUGGCAUGCGGAGGGUGAUAUGUCAUAACUCCAAACGUAGUUUUAGAGCAGUGAACAGGGUGAUUGGAGUCCCAAACAUUUGGGGAAAAUAAAACCUCAGUGGAAUUUACAGUUCCCUUACAUCUCAGUACACUUGACAUUGUGUCACUAAGCUGAUGCAUAUGGGCAGUGUCCUUCUACAUGACCUAGCUGACACCUCUACAAUAAGGGCAAUUCUAAAAUUGGCUAUGGUGUUUGAGCCCGGCUUUUAGGUGCGAAGCUGUCUGCUAUAAAACGGGUGCGCAAACACCAUUCCUCAGAAUUUUGUUCUUUCACGACAACGAUUCAUCUCUCGUCUAGAAGCCCUCUACUACUUCGGCAUCAACAUACACGAGUCAGUGGCCGGGAUCUUUAUGGUAACGGGAAGACUCUCCACUCCCUUGCAGUGUUCUGGUGAAUAUUUACUCCGCCUUGACGCUUUGCUGGUGAACGGGCCACUUCAGCUUCCUGAUUCCCUGCAGUGCUUCGGCAGGAGUUUUGUAUCAUUAUAAGCUAUUGUGUGUAUAUAUAUACCGCUUACGUGUUCACGUCUUUUUAGAGAUGUCGUUCUGUAAGUGUUUUCUUUUCACAUCCCGCAGUCAGAUCAGUAUGAGAGCUGCAUUCACUGUCUGGGCCGUGCCCACGCAGAGACAGUUCUCAUAGAGACAGACUGCCCUCACUGUGAGGGCAUGAGUCUCAAGACGCUUCGCUUGGGAAUCACCCUCAUUCUGAGGGACGGUUCAGCCUCACGCGCCCACCCGCCUCUUCUGUGACUCCCGAGGGAUCACACAAGGAGGCAUGGCGGGGCCGCGAGUUCGAGCAGGAUGAAUUUGAGCUGGACCUCGUGCCGGCACACACCCUGCGAGCCCCUCAAUCUCCAUGUACUGUGUCUAUGCUGAUACAGUAUGUGGGUGACGAACUUCGGCCAUCUGUAGGAGUGCGCUGUGUAGGAGUGCAUUUUAUGCGCUGUCUCAUCACAUUCGGUGGUUCUGACACUGGGGAUGAUAAUGUUAUGUCUCUCGCUGCAUCUGGCAAGUGGUCAGUGGAUGACGCUGCCGCCCCUUCCCCCAGCAAGGGUGAGGAGCGUGCACGCGCCACUGAAAAGGAGAUGCUUUGCGUCCUUUCAAGGGCGGUCGAAGAGCUCGGUCUCGAGUAAUCAUUGGCAAGUGAAUGAGCAUCCUGGUGUUUUUGGAUCGUCACAUCUGGCUAACCCUCAUGGAAGUGCAUGACGCCGGAAAAGCUGCUCUAUUUGAUGCUGCGGUGUCUCCAGCCAGCCUUUUCGGAGGCUCUGUGGAUAGAUUUGCUGAGUGCUACAUCACGACUCAGCAACACUCACAGGCUAUGAGACAUUUUAUGCCAAAACGGAGCAGUACUUCAUCACAACUGGCUCGGGCCAGUGCCCGGCUAAAAACCCCACACCAGCCAGCCGCUGGUAAAGCCACACAAGCUGUGGCCCAAAGGAAGGCAGCCGCCUCAGCACAAGCCCCGCGCCGAUGGGAAAAAAAAACCCACGCAGCAAAAGCGAUCCUGACUCACAAUGCUGUUCCCCUCUUUCCCACUGCUGUUUGUCGGGAAAGGAAUAUUGUUGUUCAUAAUGUUGUUCAAUAGGUUGUUUUCUGUGUCUCAUAUUAAUCAAAUGCAGUAAAGUUUGCACAUUAUGCACAACCUCUUCCCAAUGGUGAGCAGCGCAUUAUAUCAUGUAUGAACAUACAAAGGUUGCAAAAGAGUACAGCGCUCACACAAGACACUCCCAUUUUUUCAAUAAGGCCUUUCCCACUUCAUAGCCCACCCAAUGGUGAGCGCCGCAUUAUAUCAUGUAUACAAGGCCGUAACCAUGUCUUGAACAUUGUGGGGGACCAAACCAUUUUGGGUGUUGAGGUCACAAUAUAAUGGUCCUCUUUGGUCUUUUAAUAUAGUAAAGGCGCUGAAUGCAGUAAUUUUCUGAAUAAAGGCUUGAAAUGGGAUAAAGGCCCAAAACUGUAUAAUUUUUCGUUUUAAAAGAUACAUAUAUUUUUAAAGUUCACACAGUACAAGACAAACACUGUGUCUGCAUUGCUAGCAAUUUGCCUGUUUCAGUCGUCUUUUCUUUCUUUUUUGUGCUGUCUCAAAUAAAAGAUGAACAUAAUUUGAAUUUCUUUUCAUCAUUGAUGUAUCUGUAAAAUAACAUGACUGUGUCAGCUGGCUAGCAAAAAGAAAAUACAUAAAAUUAUUUACUGCCCUCAA